CUCGUUUUUAUUGUGAGGAUGUUGGUCGAGUGGUUACGCCACCCUAUCCUAAUAACCAGUCUUACCAUAGUAUGCAUAGCUGGUAGAAAUGAAGUCUGGUCACUUCUCUGUGUUGUAUGUGAUUCAUACAUCGAUGGGCAAUUGUGUGCCGAAUGGGAUCGGUACAGUUUUAUCAAAAACUGCUCCGAAAUUCCUAUGAUUGAUCCCACUAAACCGAUGGCUUGUCGGAAGAUCCAUCAGACAGUGGGUGAGACAACUGUGCUCAGACAAUGCAGCAAUCUGGCCGACAGGAUUGGAUGUAUUGAUCGGGUGGGCACAAAAGGCGUUCGAACACAACAUUGCCAUUGUGACACAGACUUGUGCAAUGCUGUGGAACCAUUGAAGAAACGGUCCGUCUUGAAGUCAAUAACCACUUCGAUCCUCCUCUGCGGAUUCGUCCAGCACAUUCACAAUAUCUGAUACGCUGUAGCCCUCACUGCUCCGAUUAUACUAUGGCAGUUGUCAAUUCCAACUGCAGCGGAUUUGAUACUUCACAAAAGUAGUUAUUUUUGCCUUAGCUAUUUUUUAUAUGCGGUCGUGAAUCGGUAAACUUUCCUUAUCUUUACACUCCACUUACUGUAACCUGAACAAUCGAUCUCCUUGAGUAGAAUAACCUCAUUCAUUUGGCCCACCAUGUAUGUAGCAAAACUUUUCGUCGUUUUUAACUACCCAUCAAUGUUUCAUUGUGUAUCUCACUGGAUGAAUCCGUUCCAAAACCAAACAGCAAUACAGUUUCACUUUCCUUUCACGAAAGAUUUUGGGUACUUCAUAAUGCGGCCGACGCAGCUUUCAAAUCACCUUCCCAUUUACGAGUACCGAAGUAGCGUUUCAAAGGUACUACUGAUUUGUGCCGAACAGUACC